AAUUGAUUCCAUGGAAUCAUAAGUCGACAACUUCUUUGCCGGACACCGUGAGAAACAUUGGCAGCGACCAUCAAAGCCUUGAGCAAGAAAAUGCCAAACCAACAACGAAAUCCAGACCAAAGAAAUACCAAACAGGUGGAAAAAGUGACCAGGGGUGGGAGAAUGAAGAUCUUGAGAUGUUUGCCCGGUUCAAGAUAGGAUGAAGUUGGAUCUUUCAGAUCUGGCUUGUGUUCUCUUCUUCUCUCCUUUGGUCUACUUCCUUGUUUUGCCUUGAAGAUCUUGGCAAUUCGGAGAUGCAGCCCUUGAGGUGGAUCCGGUGGGAAGAGCUUGAGGAUAGAUGUAUCCACCCUCUGUCUCUUUCGCGACCGUCCGGUCGCUCUGCUGGUUCCCUUGAGAUUUGGCGGCGGAAUGUAGUGUGGUGUUCGGCUCGUGGUGGGUUGGUCGGAGGCUUUUCCUUCUUCUCUCGCCGAUCGAGUUUGGUGGGUGCGGUUCUCUGCUUGGCUCGCGGUGGGGCUCCCUUUUUGAGGGUGGUGCUGGUUUGGUUUUGGAGAUGGUCUCCGACCGCGGCGGUUGGAGGAAACAGAGGGGGCUCGUGUGUUAGGGUUUGGGAAGGGUCCUUCUUGUUUUGGUCCUGGGCUCGGGCCCUAUUGGGUUCUGGGUUUGUCUUUGGGCCUUGUUGUUUGAGUCUUUCUUUUAAUCCUAUUACAUUGUAGCUUGUACAUUUCUUUUUUGGGCUGAGCCCAAUCGUAAUCUCAAUAAACUUCUUUUCAAAAAAAA